ACGUGAUCUGAGGAAAAAUAAGCGACUAUUCGCAAGGCAGUUCCCAGCGACGAUUAUGGGAUUCGUGCUCAUAUCCGGCAGGUGUGUGAAAAGUGUAAAGUCUUGGUGAAAAAUAUAAAACAACACAAUCCUAAAGCUGCUCCACAAAUCUUGCAAGGUUUGGUAGGAAAAGUGACACUUUGGGGGCGAAAGUUUGUGACAGAAGUGAACACGUGUUCGGUAACACCCUAGCAACCGUUGGGAGAAAAGGAAGAUCUCUCAGCCUUCUGCGGUAGCAACCGAAGUGAAGCAAGCACAGAAAGCAUGGUAAUUUCAAAAAUAUGCUGCAUUGGCGCCGGCUACGUCGGAGGGCCCACGUGCAGCGUAAUGGCCCUCAAGUGUCCGGACAUUAAGAUAACAGUCGUCGAUCGCAGCACCGAGCGGAUAGCCCAGUGGAACUCGGCUAAACUGCCAAUCUAUGAGCCCGGACUGGACGAGGUAGUCCGACAGUGCCGCAACCGGAAUCUCUUCUUUUCCACCGACAUUGAGACCGCGAUCCAGGAGGCGGAGCUCAUCUUCAUCUCGGUAAAUACGCCAACGAAAACCUACGGCAAUGGGCGUGGGCGAGCGGCGGACCUCAAGUUCGUGGAAGGAUGCGCCCGGAUGAUCGCCGAGAUGUCGCAAAACAGCAAGAUCGUGGUGGAGAAGAGUACGGUGCCGGUGCGGGCCGCCGAGAGCAUCAUGCAUAUCCUGAAGGCGAACCACAAACCGGGCGUAAAGUAUGACAUCCUGUCGAACCCGGAGUUCCUGGCGGAGGGUACGGCCGUGGAGGAUCUGCUCAAGCCGGACCGGGUGCUGAUCGGUGGUGAGCAGACGCCCGAAGGUCAGGCGGCGAUCGAGAAGCUGUGCUGGGUGUACGAACACUGGAUCCCGAAGUGCAACAUCAUCACGACCAACACGUGGAGCUCGGAACUGUCGAAGCUGGCGGCGAAUGCGUUCCUCGCCCAGCGCAUCUCGUCGAUCAACUCGCUGUCGGCGGUGUGCGAAGCGACCGGGGCGGACGUGUCGGAGGUGGCCCGGGCGGUCGGGCUUGAUUCGCGCAUCGGCCCCAAGUUCCUGCAGGCGUCGGUCGGCUUCGGGGGCAGUUGCUUCCAGAAGGACAUCCUCAACCUGGUGUACAUCUGCGAGGGGCUCAAUCUGCCGGAGGUGGCCGCCUACUGGCAGCAGGUGAUCGACAUGAACGACUACCAGAAGACGCGCUUCUCGCAGAAGAUCAUCGAGUGUCUGUUCAACACCGUCACCGAUAAGCGCAUCUCGAUCCUUGGCUUCGCAUUUAAGAAGAACACGGGAGACACACGCGAAACGCCCGCGAUCGCCGUCUGCAAGACGCUGCUGGACGAGGGCGCCCAGCUCAACAUCUACGACCCGAAGGUGGAACCGGAGCAGAUCAUGGCCGAUCUGACGCACCCGAAGGUGACCGACAGCCCGGAGUACGUGAAGCGUGCCGUGCAGAUCUUCGCCGACCCGUACGAUGCCGUCCGGGGAACGCACGCCCUCGUCGUCUGCACCGAAUGGGAUGAGUUUGUCAGUCUCGACUACGAGCGCAUCUACGCCUCGAUGAUGAAGCCAGCGUACAUCUUCGACGGGCGCAAGAUUCUACCCCACGAGCGCCUCCAGCAGAUCGGUUUCCACGUGCAAACGAUCGGCAAGCGAUUGCGCCGCCCUCUGCCACCGAUGCGUUGGUGGUCGUAACGGUUGUCCCGGACGGCUCCGAUACCUUCGGAUCGGAGUGCAUCCGUUCAAAGAUACUUUCCAGGUCACCGUCAGAAAUGGUGUUAUCGGACGUGUUUUGACCCUGGGUCGACGACGUGGCAGUGUUGGUGGAGGUGACCAGAAUCUUACCGCUCAAACCUCCGCUGCCACUGUCGGUGGUCGCCCCGGUGAGGUUGCCACCACUACCGCUUCCUGCCGCCAUCGACUUCCGACUGGAGGCGGGUGAGGUCGUGUUGUUGGUGGCAGCGAGUUGUUGCUGCUGCUGUUGCUGUUGUGUCAAUCCGGUGGAAACGAUGGCUGGUGCGCUAGUCACGCCAGUGCCGCCACCGGCGCCACCCUGUACGUGGGUUUUAAUGUGCUGCGUGUACAGCUUUUCGCUCAGGAACGUGAGCGAGCAGGACUCGCAGGUGUGGAACUGUAUUUUUGCGUUCAUAGAAUCACCCCCCACCAUCGAGUCCCGGAGUGCCUCGUUAAUCGAUUCCUGCAGCAGUUUCUGUGUCGAGGAGUCCGCCAUUUCUAGCUUCUGUUGUUGCUGUUGCUGCUGUUGUUGCUGCUGCUGGGUGGUCGUCUGCACUUGAAUGACGUGCUGUUGUUGCUUGCUCGAACCAUUCGCAUCCUUCUUCAUUUCGUGCUGCUCGAGAUGGGCCAUCAACAGCUCG